AUGACCCCUUCUUACCAUAGCCGCUCUAGUAGUUUUCCUUCAAGAUCACACCCAAUCACCUCAGAAGUUGAUCAACAUUUGAGCAGAUUAAGGGCUUCUAAAGCUACUUCUAUUUCAUCAUCAUCAAUAAGCCAUGAUAUAAAUGGCCUUCAAGAUUUGCAUGAUUGUGUCAACAAGUUGCUUCACUUAGCAUCGAUUCAACAAGCGUUAGCCCAAGUCGAGCAAAAGAAAUGGGUUGAUGAGUUGUUGAAUGGAUCUCUUAGACUAUUGGAUAUCUGUGGCAUUGCUAAGGAUUCCUUGGUACAAACCAAAGAAGCUGUACAAGGACUUCAAUCAAUUUUCCGCAGAAGAAGAUGUGAUGAUAUUGAGCUUAUAAGUAAGGUUAAGAAAUACCUGACCUCCAGAAAGACAGUAAAAAAGACUAUCCAGAAGACCUUGAAGAAUAUAAACCAAAGAACCUCUCCAAUCAGUGAAGAACAUGAGACAAGUGUCAUGUUAACAGAGGUUGAAGCAGUCACUUUCAAUGUGAUUGAAUCCUUGUUUUCCCUUAUCUCAGGGCCAAGGGCUCCAUCAAAACUAAGCAGCUGGUCAUUAGUUUCCAAGUUAAUGCAGCGUAAGGAGGUAGCAUGCAAAGAAACUGACAUAAAUGAGUUUGAAAAGGUAGAUGCAGAAUUGUCUAGCAUCAUUGUUCACAAGGCAAGCGGAUCCGAUAACAUUCAAAACCAGCUUAAAGAAUUAGAGUUUAGUGUUCAAAAUCUUGAAGAUGGAGUCGAGUCCUUGAGCAUACGUUUAAUCAAGACUAGAGUGUCUCUUCUCAAUAUCCUUAACAAUUAG